AUGCGCCUAUUGACACAAUUGCUUCUCUUAAAGGUAGCCUUUGGCCAACUUAUUGGACCAGUAGGGCCUACCACGAAUUUGGAAGAAAAGACUGUCGAAUGUAAUAUUCUCCAUUACGGCGCAAUUGCAGACAAUUCGACAGAUAUAUCAAACUCUGUCGAAAAAGCGUUCACAGAAUGCGUCACAAAACAUCCUGGUAGUCGUUUGAUUAUACCAGAGGGGAACUAUCUUCUCAACAGGAGCGUGGUUCUUAGCAACGGCACAAAUUGGGCUCUUCAGUUGGAGGGUCUGGUGACUGCCGCGUAUGGUGGCAAUUGGUCCGUUGAUCGUGAGUUGAUUUUGCAAGGAUCGGCUGGUGUUGAAUUGAUCAAUUCAACCAUUAAUGGAGAAGGUGACCAACGAUUCUUGCUAGAUGUUUUGGUAAUUGUCAAUGCUGUUGAUUUUGAAUUUUAUUCCUCUACGGGACUUGGGGCCAUUCAAGGACAAGGGUAUAUCUACAGGAAUUCCAAUAACAUAGAGCGCCCACGACUUGUCAGACUGGUAUCUCCAAUCAAUGCAACUGUCCAUGACUUGAUCUUGGUCGACAGCCCCAAAUUUCAUAUUAUACUCAACUUCGCAUUAAAUGUGGAAGUUUACCAUUUGACUAUACGUGGUGCGAAUCUCGGAAGCUAUGAUGGUAUCGACGCGAUUGGAACGAACUACUAUAUCCAUGACAAUGAAGUGACAAACAGGGAUGAAUGCGUUUCCAUCAAAAGCCCAUCACACCAUGCGUUAGUAGAGAACCUGGUCUGUAACCAGGCUGGCUCAGGUAUCUCAAUCGGAAGUCUGAACGUCUCUGCCGAAAUAUCCAACAUAGAAGCUAGGAACAUAAGCAUUAUCCAAGGAAAUAAUAUUGCCUUCAUCAAGACAUACCCCGGUGGAUCUGGAUAUGUGACAAAUAUCACAUUCUCUAACUUCCGCUCCCUUGCUAGCCUUUAUGGUUUGGAUAUUAACCAAUACUGGCAAAAUACCUUUGAACCGGAUACUGGUGCUGUGGCUUUAAGCAACCUCGUCUUCCGCAAUUUCUCUGGCUCGGUCGCCAAUGGAUCAAAUCGACCUCCGUUAUACCUCAUCGCAAAUGACCUGACAUUUGCCCUCAACGUCACCGUCGAAGACUUCACCGUAUGGACGGAAUCGGGUACUCAGAUCAUCAAUAAAAUCAGCAAUGUCUUUGGAGUUGGUGAUGAGAGCUACGGCGCCAACAAUGGCAUCAAAAAGUUGACAGGGACAGAGUCACCAUAUACAUACACCAGCAGCUACACGGUAACUGCGACUCCGACUAAUUGGGAACCCCCAACCACCCCGUCGUGGGCUGUACCGAGCACAGGCUAUGGCACCUCUACUCCAAUCCCGGUAUAUCUCCCUGCUCCUCUUUGGCGUCCAGGCGGGAUCGACUACGACUUGCAUUACUGGGGAACAUUCUAG